AUGCCAAUUGAUCAAGAGAAACUAGCGAAGUUGCAGAAGAUGUCUGCCGGCAACAAGGUCGGUGGUACCAGAAGAAAGCAAGCCAAGAAGACCGGUUCUGGUAGCGCUGGUAACAAGGACGACACCAAGUUGCACAACCAGUUGGCUAAGUUGCACGCUGUCACCAUUGACAAUGUUGCUGAGGCUAACUUCUUCAAGGACGACGGUAAGGUCUUGCACUUCAACAAGGUCGGUGUCCAAGUUGCUCCACAACACAACACUUCCGUUUUCUACGGUAUGGCCCAAGAGAAGAACUUGCAAGAAUUGUUCCCAGGUAUCAUCUCCCAACUUGGUGGUGAGGCUAUCCAAGCUUUGUCUCAACUAGCUGCCCAAAUGGAGAAGGCCCAAGCUAACGAAAACGCUGGUGAAGCCAAGGACGAAGCCAUCCCAGAAUUGGUUGAAGGCCAAAGCUUUGAUGCCGAAGUUGAGUAA